UUCGGAUAUUGCUGUACUGUUUAUUAGGCUUAGUAUCCUUUGUUAUUUCUAUUAGGAAUAUCGGAAAAUCUGCUGGUUUAGUGGUAGAGCUCGGUGGGCUGUUUGCGAACUUAAAUUGAUAUAUAGAUAAUGAUUUCCAGUUCCACGCUAUUUAAUUGAAGUUGGAAAUUUCCAUAAAAAGAAGGAAACCAAGACAAAUAUUGACCAAUGAAAAUGGAUACUGAAACUUGUGCAAUUCACGAUUCAGUGGAGAAAACAAGAAAUAAUGGUGCUUACGGUGUUCCAGGAUUGUCAGAAAUAGAUCAAGGUGAUGAAUGUGAAGAAAUAAAACUUCUUGAUCCUUCCGAAUCUCGAACACAACAGACACAGACAAGUUUAGAAGACUCUGAGGGAAGUUGGAACUCUGAAUCUAAUGUGUCACAUUCUUCUACCUUAGAAAAAGAGCUACAUGAGGAUAGUGAUAUGGAUAGUGAAAACUCUGUGGAAUGUUUAGAGUCUGUUUCAUUUGUAGAUGAAUCAAUGGAACAUACCAUAGAUAGUAAGACAUUACCAAAGAAAGGUCGUAAGCCUCGGAGAAUUGAGUUCCUACCAGCACAUUUAGACUGUGAAUUAAUUGAUGCCUUUAGAGUUGUAAGUUAUUUAAUGUCUGAAUCAAAUAAAAAUAUCAACUGGCCUUUUCUUGAAGCUGUCAGAGACAAUGAUCCAAGUUGCCCUGACUACUAUGAAGUAAUAGUGAAGCCAGUGUGGUUAAGUAAAGUGAAAUUGCAGAUCCUUGAUGGACAAUACUCAACAAUAACAAAUGUUGUGAGGGAUUUACGACAGAUGUUUGCAAAUUGCUAUCUUUAUAACGGAGCCAGUCAUCCAAUUAGCAAGCGUGCAUUGAAGUUGGAGACAGUGUUGGAACAAAGAUUAGCUUUACUUCCUAAAGAGCUAAUAGAAAAAACAAGCUUGAAAGUAACAUCACCAGAGUUUGCUGAAGAAACUGUAGGGACAGUCAUACGAAGAAAAACACGUUAUAAUGGAGACCAUUCAAUGAUUUUAAGUCAUAUGAUGAAGGAAAGAAGCCUGAGAGCUAAAGAAGCCAAGCGUCGGCAGGUGGAUAUGAAGAGAGCAGAACAAGAAGCAGCUGUUCAAAAGGUGAUAAACUGGGAAUCAGAGCUGAUCCAAGAACAUAUUAACACAAUAAAUGCUAUGUGGGAGUUGCCACAAAUUGGUCAUUUUCUGUAUUUGACUCAAAGAAUUCUGAACAUUCCAGACGUCACACAGUAUGAAUUAGAACGUGCUUUUCUGAUACCGCAAGCAAGUAGUUUAAUGUGUGCUAUUAUGACAACAUUACUAAGUAACCCCCAAGAUCGUGCCAAGCUAGAUCAGAAAUCCAAAAUGCCAUAUAAAGUGUGGCACGAGAGGUUGAAAAUAAGAAUAAAUACCUUUUAUAAGGUGUUUACUCGAAAAAAUAAAAACCCUUUAAAGGUGUUUGAAACUCUAGGAGUAGAACCAGAUUUUUUUAAAGUAUUAGGACCUACAAAUCUUCUUGAGCACAAACCAUUCCAUAAGCUGAGUUUGCAGCAGAAGGUUUGGAUAGUAAAGUCUCUCUGUGAUUAUUGUCUGCACAGCCACAGUACGAUAACAGAGAGUUUGAACGAACUACCUGUAGAAGACCAGAAAGAGCAAGCACUAGGCAAAGAUAGAGAAGGUAACACGUACAUUUACUUUCCACAUUUCUGGGGUCAGGAGAUUAGGAUUUAUCGUACAGCUCCUUGGACAGAUCAAGCAAUUCCGAGUGAAACCAUCCCAGACUGGUGUGAUUAUCCUCAGUAUGAAAUGAAUGAAGAACAAGAACGGUUAGAAGACAUUGUUAAAGACGAAGUUCAUAAAAAGAAAGAAGAGCUUGGGGCUUCACCUUACAUCAAUAGUUGUACAAAAAAUUUUGAUGAUUACUCAAAGGACAAUGAAGAUGACAUGUAUAAUUGUGAAAAAGAAUUCUUGAAUUCAUACAAGGAUUGUGAUAAGUCUGCUUUAGAAGAGCAGUUUGAUAAUGAUGUACUGGAUUCAGUUUCCAGUAAAGCUAAGUGCAAACUGGAUAGUUAUUCAGGAGAUCUUUGUAAUGAUGAUGACAAAGGUGAUGACAGAUUAAAAUCUGAUCAUCUCUACUGCAAAGAUAUCAAACUGGAUGCAUCUGAAGAAAAGCAAAAGUCUUCUGGUAAAAAUAUAGUAGUCUGUGGGGAAGACCGGGAAACAGAUUUUAAGAGGCAGGAUUUCAAUACUAUCAUCAUGACUUCUGUUGGAUCAGAUUUGUCUGAAACUCAGAGAGAAACUGAAGAUCAAGAGAAUGAUAUCAGUUCUUCUGUUACAUUAGACCACAAUUUAAAUUACAUCACUGACACUAAUGACAUUAAUAACCAACAUAAAAAGGAACAAUCAAAAUGCAAGAUAGAACAAGAAUCAAAUAAAAUCAAUAAUACUUGUGUUUCUGAUUCAAGUAUACUAGAGAGUAAGGAUGAUAAAAUUUAUGACAGUCAAAAUUUUAGUAAUAAUAAUAAUAAACCAGUACAAAAUGAAAUAAGGAGCCAAUCAUUAGAAUUGCACACUUUCAAAGAUGAUAAACAGUCUCAAAAGGAAACUGAAACUGUUGAUCAAACUAACAAAAUUGGAGAUGAAACAGAAAACAGCAUUGAAAAUUUAUCAGGUUUUAUGAAAGAAAGGAUAGUGUUAAACAGUACGCCAUCUAGGAGAUCUUCUAGGAUAAAUGACAGGCGACUUCAAGCAUUGGCUGAAAGAGCACAGUCUUUUAUUACCACUAAAAAUCCUGAGAAAUCAGAAAAGAAAGAAGUAUGUGAACCAAAAAGUACAAAAGAAGAAGAGAAAGAACCUCAUAUAUAUAGCAUAGAGCCCAACAUUAAGAAAUUUGAACUAGUUGCACACAGUGUUGAUUGUUUGCGGAAGUUGCUCUCGAAUUUUGAAAAUAAUGAAUCCCAAAAAAAGGGCAAGGGCAAAAAUCGGAAAAAUAUCUGUGAAACUCACCUUUGUAAUCAACUACGUGCACUGUUAGCUGAAGUAGAGCCAUGGGAAACAAAAUUACAUCUGACUGAACGAAGAAUCAGAAUGCGCUUAAAAAAGGAAUGGGAAGAUUUUCAGAAACGAGCAUCUAAAAAUAAUGAGAUGCACCCUAAUGUUUGGAGUACUGAAUUUAAUGAACAAGAAGACAGUAGUGAAAGCUCCUCUGUCUCUGAAGAUGAAUCUACGGCCAUUAAAACAGGAAAGAGGGGGAAAAAUAAGCUGGAAUAUAUAUCUGAUUCUUAUGAAGUAUCUGUUAGUUCUAGAGGACGUAAGCGGAAAUUAAGGAGGCUGGACCUUCAUGAGGAUGUUCUUUGUGGUAAAGUCACAAAACCAAGGAAUCUGAGAAAGAUGGAAGAAAAUGGGGCGUGCAAAGAGAAGAUGAGCCCAUUUCAAGUUUCCGUCAGUUCCAGAGGUCGUGUAAGGAAGCUACGUUUGCCUUACUUGGAUGAGGAAAUUCUUACUGAAAAAAUGCCCAGGUUUUCUUUUCAAUCAAAAAAUGUUGAGCAGACCAAUCAGGAAAAUAUACAUAGAGCAGAAAAUGAAAGUGAUAAAAAUACAGAUUCUGUAAAGUCUACCACUAAAGAAGAUUCAAAAUCUAGUCAGAUAAAACUACAAGAACCUCAAACUAGCUUCAGUUGCUCUUUGUCUUUUCCAACUAAUAUUACUACAUUUAAAGGCAUUUUGGGUAAUUUAAAACCAAAUAUCAUCAGUAAGACCAGCCGGUCUAUCACAGAGGCAUAUAAUUCUAAUGAUAAAUUAUUAAAAUCAAAUAGUAAUAGAAUUACUUACACGAGUCCUUACAGUGCCAAUUCUUCUGCAUCUUGUUUCUUGUUGAACACCAUACCUGAAAAAAAUAAAAUGGUGAUUUCGUCAAGUGAAGCAAAGCAGACUGGUUCCCCAGUCAUGAGAACACAUCAGAGUUUGGAAUCUUCAGCAAAUGCAAUAAUAACUAGCUCCUCCUCUGUUUCCAGACAACCUAAGAAGUUUUUCAAGUCAAGAAAUUCUCCAUCUGAUUCAGAAACUUUGACACAUUCCAACAAAACAUCUUCUCAGCAAUCUAACAAUUCCAUCUUUAUGCUUGUACCAGUUGUGGAGCCUAAAAGCGGGAAAAUGUACUUUCAAGUUGUUCGCAAUAAUGACAGUCGAGCUAAUUCCCAAAAUGUUGUUUCAGACUCUUUUCCCAGCACUAACACUGGUAAUAACUCCCUUAACAAUAUAGUAUCAAGAUCUCCAAGUCACCCAAAGGUAGUGACUCACAUAGCAACUGCUCAACAAACACGGCAGUCAAAUUCUUCGAAUCUGUUUCCCACAGCCGUUUCUUCGACUAAGCUCAGAUACACAACUCCUAACAUCCAACCAGUUACCACAAAGGUAUCUUCGAGCCAGUCAUCCUCAUCCCCUAUCAAUAUUCCUCUAUCAGAACUGCUACAGCAGAAUGGGGCCAAGAUUUCAACUGUAGCAACUAGUGAAGGCACUAAACUUGUUCUCACACUAAUGCCAAAAACAGUCAGCAGCAUUUCUUCCGUUACUACGUGUGCAUCAUCAUCAUCAUCGUCUAUAAAAUCUGGUACAGUUACUACUUCAGUCAUUACACAGGCAGGUCGUGUUUCAGAAUUGCAGAAGGUUAUUAAUGGCACAAUGUCUUCUCUUGUAAAUUCAACAAACCAAUCUCAUCAGUUACCAUUAAAAGUCUCAGAACCACCUCCCCUAGCACCUGUUUUGAAACAGAAUAAAAUUCAGUCCAGUUCAACAGUUGUUUGUAGAAAUAACAGUCUACCUGCUUUUAGUAACCCACAGUUAAAGCUAUGCACAACAGGUUCUGUGAUUAAACAGUGUUUACCACUUACUCAGACUUUUUCUGAUGAGGUAAAAGCUAAUGUUGACUUUGAGGAUAAAAGAAAUAAUCUUCUUGGUUCCCCACCUGUAGAACAUCAGCUGUGUGCACCAUCAUCAUCAUCGUCAUCUGGCUCAUUAGAAAAACGAGCACUUUAUCUGCAAGUUUCCAAUCCAGUAGUGAGCAAUGUUAUGUCCACUGACACGAGCACACCAAGAAGCACAGUCUUUGUCAUGCCAGGUAGAAAUGCAGCUAAUGUUUUUACCUUGCCAACAACACGCCCUGGAAUGUAUACACUUAAACCUGCAGCAAAACAAGUGUCUGUCAUUAGGUCUUCUUCGCAACAGCUGUCCUCGGAAGUUAGGUCUGCAGAGCUGACGGGCCAGGUUCCCGUUGUACAGCAGUUAUCUGUAGUGAGAAGCCCAUUUUCUCAGCUACCUGUUGUGAACAGUUCACAGGUAGUAAAUCCAGCACCUCAACUUUCUGUUAUGAACAGUCAACAGAUUGUCAGUGGACUAUCUCAGCUUCCUAUAAUAGACAAUCAGCAGAUCAUUAAUGAAAUACCCCAGCUUUCCCUGAUAGAAAACCAACAAAUUGUUAGUGGUGUUCCCCAAAUUUCCCUUGUGGAAAACCAGCAGGUUGUUGGUGGAAUACCACAGAUUUCUGUGGUGAAUGACCAGCAGAUUGUUAGUGGAGUGCCUCAGAUUUCUAUGAUAAAUAACCAAACAGUUGUAAAUCCUGUACCCCAACUAUCUGUUUUAGAUAACACACAGAUGGUGAACACAGUGACAUCUUUACCUGUAGUACACAAUAACACACUUCAGCAACCACCAUACUCUGCCACAGAAACACAAUUGGUACAGUCUCCUGGGGAAGAGAAUAUGUUGACACAGCCAGCUUCCAAUUCCCCUGGUCAACAGUAUUACUUGUUGACCAGCACAGGUCAGCUUUUACAGGUGAGUCCGCAGAAGAAUAACUUUCAACAGGAAGAUAAGAAUCUACAAGAUUGUUAUGGCUCUAGUGGAGUUGCAACAUUAGUGAUGUCUGGUAACGUGUCUCAGAAUUUAACAUAUUUACCUGGAUGACGUAUCCAUCUACUGUAAUAUUGUUUAUAUGUAUUUGGAAUUCACAGUGGUUAACUUGUCUGUGAUGUAAAUUUUCUCAGGAUGAAAGAAAAUUACGAAAGAAUUUCUGUAUUAGAUCCUGUCCUAAAAUUUUUACAAAACCUUGUAAAGAGAUCAGUGUGUUUUAAUUCUUUUAUCUUGCAUGUUUAAUUUUCUUGUGUGAAAAGGUCUAGUAGGCUUCAGUUCAUUUCUCAGGGAAUAUCAAACCCAACAUAAGGUUUCCUAAACAUUUCAAAAGCCUCAGGAUGUUAAUGCAGCAUAGUGAAACAGUCAUAUGUAAGAAAUUGAGUAAACCUCAACAAAAGAAUGAGGUACUUGUAUUUGUUUAAAAAGUGAACCGUUGCUAAAACUUCAAAAACUGUUAGGAUGUAAAUUACAAAACUUUAAGGUUUACAAAGGCUUUUAGCUGUAGUUUUAUCAUUUACAAACUGAAUACACUACAGUGGACCGUUGAUAGGGGUCAGAAAUUCUGUAAAAUGGGUAACAUUUUGACUUUCAAACAAUCAUUAAAUAGAUUGGUAUGUUUGGUUAAAAAAAAAUUAAAUUAAGAAAAUCCAUAAGCCAGAAUGAACAAUAAAAUAUAAACUUAAGUAAGCAUACUCAUAAUCAUAACAUAUACUGAUAUGAAACUAACUGGGUAUACAUGACUACUCGUACUGUAAUCAAAUCUGCAGUUGAACAUAUUGUUAAUUUAGACUUAAAGGUGCUAAUUACUGUAAAAACCUAUUGCUUCAGUAACUUUGAUGCAAAGUUCCUGUUGUUGGUAUGCUAUUUUCCAGCACCAUUUUUUUUUUUCUUAUUUAUUUACCUUUGAGUUUGACCAAUUUUUUUGUUAUUAUUUUAUGGACACUCAUUAUUGCAAGUUAUCUGAAUGAAGUGUGUUACCUGUAUUUAAUUUUCUACUUUGAAAUUAAAGUUAUUAACUUUCUCUAAAGAUGAUACAUCACUUUGAAUUCUACUUUUGAACAGUAAGAUGUUACACUCAUAGAAAAGAAAGCCAUGAUUACUUAGUUUGACCUCUCAAUAUCAUGUGUUAGUUAGAACCCUAAAAAUAGAAUGUGUUACAGUGAUUUGCAUGAACUGUGACUGGUAAUAUAUUGAGCUCUUGCAACACUGGGAGAGAGGAGCUGUAUUUCCUAUGUUCUUAUGUGAUAGUUUAGCUUACAAUUUUUCACUGAAAAUCUUGCUGUAAGCUGUUAAAUUUUUAACUAUACCUUAAAAUAGAUUAUAGAAUAACUUUCAGGCUAUCAGUUUCAAGACUCUGAGGUAGUUUUGCCUGCCAUCUUUAUGCUUAGAUAAGUAGUUUUAUGGUUUUUAACUAGUGGCCUGGAAUACAACACAAAAGAGAGGAGGGCACAGUUGAUUUUUUAAAGUGUUUUUUAAUGAAAAAUGUGGCCCAUUGGUGGUUGUUAUGUGAAUCCAGUAUGUUCACUGUGCUGAAAAACAUUUCUGGUGGUUUCAUGUAUUCUCUUAUCUAAGGUUUUAUAUAAAGAUCACAAAUUUAGCUGUAUUUUAUGGUCUGGUUAACUGUAAUGGCUAAUACUAAAUUUUUAAACAAUAUGAAAAUGUUUUAAAUUACCCAAGUAUUUGGUAUUAAGCAAGUGAAUAUCACAUGAGUAUGGUCUGUUUGCAUUGUUGAAGGUAAUUUAGCUGUAUUUUAUGGUCUGGUUAACUGUCAUGGCUAAUACUAAAUUGUUAAACAAUAUGAAAAUGUUUUAAAUUACCCAAGUAUUUGGUAUUAAGCAAGUGAAUAUCACAUGAGUAUGGUCUGUUUGCAUUGUUGAAGGUAAUGCCGUAAAAUAUAUGAAUGUUAGUCAUACAUGUAAGAGAUAGUAUUUGAGAACUAACAAAAGUUGAAGUGAAAUUAGGAACAUAAUUCCUUAGAAGAAAUGAGAACUUUUAUUACUGUGAAUUAUUGUACAAAUCAAAGUUUCUCAAACCCCCAAGUCUUCAGUCCAUCAGUUCCAUCCUUGCUUUCAUCAAUACUCGUUAGUUAAGUAAUUCAUAAAAUAUCAUAUAUUCAGGUAGUUAAUAGGAAAAGAAAUCCAUUGCAAUUUUUUUUUUUCUCAAAUAAAAGUUUCAGGACUAAAGAUACAGUAACAUUAGGUAUUUUUACAGUGAUAACCAAUGAACAUCAGUUAAAUUGUUUGCUAGACUGACUGCGUUCUCUAUUUUUUAUUAUAAUUUUGCAUAACUUGUCCUAGUAACCAUUAGUUCUUAAAGAUUGAAGUUUGAUCUACUGAACAGAGAGAGGAAAGUAAUGCAGAUACUUAAAAGCAUUACUUAAUGAGUCCGUUUGGUUUAAAUGCUGAAAUAUAAAAAAAAAAAUGUUAGUGAAGGUAGAAUUAUCUCUUAAAAAAUAAACACACUUGAAUAGAAAUUUCCUUGACCACCAAAAGAGAAAACAAUGGAUAUACAGUCCAGCAGCAUAUUUAAAUAGUGUAGGGUUAGAUAAAAUAAAUAACAUAUACAAGUUUUUAGUGUGUGGGUAUUGUAUAUAUAGAUAUAAUUGUAAUUUUUUAAUGACUUGUAAAAACACUUUAAAACAGUGUAGUGAAAUAACCAAAUUUAACAUUAAAGUUGAUGCAUAUAUUGCAUGUCAGGUUUAUUGUUAUUUGCUCAAGGAUAAAGAUGUGUGAUUUUUUUUUUGAUAGUCAAAUAUAUCUAAUUUAAGGAAUGCUAAGGAUUAGAAAAAUAGAAAAAAAGUUGUACACAAUUUUUUUGUGACAUGUAUGUUUUAGAUAAAACUUACUAAGAAGCAAAUUAAGUAUUUAAACAUUCGUAUUCUGUUCUUGUUUCUCAAAGAUAUAAGCAUUUGAAGUUUCAAAACUUUGGUAUAGCAUAUUUAUUUAGGUCAUUUAUUUGAAAAUAAGACUUGGUUUGGCAUACCUAUUCUUCUUUUGUGACAGUGUAUUGUAUUGAUUUUUAAGCUCAGUAUGAUUAAGACUACUGUAUAGUUUUAUAAACUUAAUGGUAGAAUUCAGCUUAGUGAAUUUCACCACCAAAUUAGUGUGUUAAUCAGCUUUUUCAUGGAAACUUAAUUUUGUGUGCAUACCUUGUUCAAGAGAAAAACUAAAACAUUUGGUAGAACGAUUAAGACUGUUAUUGUUUACAUCUUAUAAUCAGAGUUAACUAUUGACUGUUUUACUAUUUUUAUCCCUUAUGUUGGAAUUUUCUUACCAUCUCUUAAACCCUUUGGCAGGAAAAUGUUUUAAACUUUCAAUGAAAAUUCUUGCACGUUGCUUUUAAAAUUUAAAUGUCACCCAACAUAGCACAAAAUAUUUGCAAAUUAAAGAAAAAAUAUAAAGAAUUAAUACGCUCAUUUUCUGAUAUUUAAUACUGUAUUAUAUUAGGAAAUUGUAUUUGAUAAUUGCUUUCUCUUUGGGGCAUGUUUAAAUUGCAUUUUCCAUUUCAAUGAUAAGGAUUGAUAAUUCAGAAUAGCAGCUACGUGACAUUGUAUGUAUACAGCGAAGCAUGUUUCAUGUUCUACACAAAUAAAGACUAUUUUAUGUUUCUA